GCUCCACGCAGUGUACGUAUAGAUAGGCCCACAUGUCGAGCUCUGAGAUGGAGGACUCCUCGCUGAGCAGCGACAUCAGGUUCUACGCGUACGCGGUUCUCGCGUCGUUCGGCGUGGCGGCGGUCCUCGUGGUGUGCUUCUGGCAGCUGUACAAACUCACCGUGUCCGCGCGGCCGCAGGACAUGCUGCCCGUCUCUUCCUCCCGCGGUAAUGUGGCGGCGCUGAGGCUGAGGGACAUCUCGGCGCUCCCCGUGUUCGUGUACGGCGGCAAUGGCGACGGCGCCCCUGUGGGCGUGGAGUGCGCGGUGUGCCUCGCGGAGAUGACGGAUGGCGAGAGGGGCCGGCUCUUGCCACGGUGCGGACACCGGUUCCACGUCGAGUGCAUCGACCGGUGGUUCCGGUCCAACUCCUCAUGCCCGCUCUGCCGCGUCGCCGUCUUCGGCGAGCCGAGCACGCUGGAGGCGCACAAGGGUGCCUCCUUGUCUGUGCCCGCGGUUGUGUUGCAAGGUUGAGCGCGUGCUUGUGUUCUCAAUCUCUUUUUUCUCUCGUUUUA